AUGGAUGAUCAGAAUACUGAGGAUAAAGUGUUUGAGAAAUUUACAUGGACCAUUACCAACUUCUCCAAGUUAGACUCCAAAAUAUACUCGGAAAAGUUUUCUCUCCAUGGCCAUACAUGGAGGAUUCUUAUCUUUCCAAAAGGGAAUGAAGUUGAGGAUUUGUCACUUUAUUUGGAUUCUGGUGCUGCUACUAUGCCUCAUGGAUGGCAAAAAUUUGCAGUUUUCAAAAUCAAUCUUAUUAAUCAGCUCGAUCACGGAAAGAAUAUAAUCAAAGAACAAGAGAAAGAAGUUGUUGAAUCAGAGAUGAAAAUUGAUGAAAAGGUUGCUGGAAGCAUCGAGAAUGUUUCACCCAAGGAAAUGAUCCCAACCUCAUCAUUUGUUGAGAUGGUGGAUUUUAGGGACAUAGGAAGAGUAGAGAAACACUUUGUUCCUCUACUUGAACAAGUUUGUUCAUGCUAUCCAUCACUUAUCGAUAGCAAGAAGAGGAAAAGUCAAAGAUUUACUGAAUGGGCUUUUACAGCUCUGGGUAGAGUUCUUCAUUUUCUGAAGACUAAAAAGGUGAGAGACAUGGAUGAUGAAUCUUGCAAUCAUCUCCAAACUUUAUGGGAGGAACUUCAGACAUUUGGAUUUGAUUUGGGUUGGUUAAAACCACAUGUUGAAUCUGCCUUAGGCAUUAAAACUCGUGUUGAGAAAGUUGUUGAAGUGAAAAGGUUGGAAGAGAAUGUGAUUACUUUGAAGGAGAAUGUGGAUACUUUAGAGGAGAAUGUGUGUACUUUAGAGGAGAAAACAAAGGCUUUGAGGAGAAAGAUAAUUGAAGCAGAGGUAAAUCUUGAAAUGGCAAAAAGAGAUCUGGUGAAAGCUAUAAAAGGAUCCGAAGAGUGUGAUUUGGACGCUGAACUUGGAUAUGGAAAAUCAUUAUUUUUAGGGUUCUAG